AUGAUAGAUUUUUUUUUUGCCUCCCCCUUCCGCACUCGCCUUUUUCCCGGGCCUCGCCCCCCCAAGGCCCCUCCAGAAGAGGGAACUUUUUCUCUCCGAGGGGGCUCCAAGGAGAAGGCCAUGAAUUACGAAUUUGAGCGAGAGAUUGGUUUUAUCAAUAGCCAGCCGUCGCUCGCUGAGUGCCUGACAUCGUUUCCCCCUGUCGCUGAUACGUUUCAAAGUUCAUCAAUCAAGACCUCGACGCUUUCACACUCGACACUGAUUCCUCCUCCUUUUGAGCAGACCAUCCCCAGCCUGAACCCGGGCAGCCACCCUCGCCACGGCGCCGGCGGCCGCGCCAAGCCGAGCCCCGCGGGCAGCCGCGCCAGCCCCGGGCCCGCCGGCGCCCCGCAGCCGCCCGAGUACCCCUGGAUGAAGGAGAAGAAGGCGGCCAAGAAGCCCGCGCCGCCGCCCGCCUCGGCCGCCAACGCCGCCGCCGCCGGCCCUGCCUGCCUCGGCCACAAAGAGGCGCCGGAGGCGGCGGAGGGCGGCGGGGCGCGCCGGCUGCGGACCGCCUACACUAACACGCAGCUGCUGGAGCUGGAGAAGGAGUUCCACUUCAACAAGUACCUGUGCCGGCCGCGCCGCGUGGAGAUCGCCGCCCUGCUGGACCUCACCGAGCGCCAGGUCAAGGUGUGGUUCCAGAACCGGCGCAUGAAGCACAAGCGGCAGACGCAGUGCAAGGAGAACCAGCACGGCGGCGGCGAGGGCCCGCUGAAGGGCCUGGAGGACGCGGACAAGGCGGAGGAGGACGAGGAGGAGGAGAAGGCGCUGUUCGAGCAGGCCCUGGGCGUCUCGGGGGCCCUCCUGGAGCGGGAGGGCUACGCCUUCCAGCAGAACGCCCUCUCCCAGCAGCAGGCCCCCAACGGACACAAUGGCGACUCGCAGAGCUUCCCGGGGUCGCCGCUCGCCAGCAAUGAGAAGCAUCUGAAACAUUUCCAGCACCAGUCGUCGCCCACUGUUCCCAACUGCCUGUCAACAAUGGGCCAGAACUGCGGCCCGGGCCUGAACAAUGACAGCCCCGAGGCCCUGGAGGUGCCCUCUUUGCAGGACUUCAGCGUGUUCUCCGCGGAUUCCUGCCUGCAGCUUUCGGACGCCGUGUCGCCCAGCUUGCCCGGCUCCCUCGACAGCCCUGUAGAUAUCUCGGCUGACAGCUUCGACUUUUUUACAGACACACUCACCACAAUUGACUUGCAGCAUCUGAAUUACUAA